AUGCCAUCCCCCUCCCCUUCCCAAGAAAGCGAAGUCGACUACAGCACAGAUUUCAGCCCAGAAGGCGCGCUACACUACAUAAAGAAAUUAGAAACCCAGAACAAAGAGCUGGUGGAGAAGUAUAAGCAGCUUGAAUUCCGCUGGAUUGGUUUAGAGCGAGACUUCGACGAUUUGGAAAAAAGAGCGGACAAAAGGCUUCAUGAGGUUGCUAAGAGGGCAAUUGAAAUGACAUUGGAUGCGGUUAAGGGUGGGAAGAGGAUUACGAGGAAUACUGCGGAUGGUAUUAUGAGGGAUUUGAAGGAGGAGAUGGAGUUUUAG